GACGGCUGUUUCCUGUGGCCCAGGGCGCCUGCGCGGCUCCUCUCCGGUGGUGAAUGGCGGUUGCUCUCCCCUCCCCUUGUACUCCAUGUCUCUCUCUCUGGAGAUAAUCCCUUCACUUUAUUUUCUGGUCCGGUUGACGACCUUUUUGUUGUUGUUUUAAGGUAAUAACUUCCUUCCCCUUUGGCUGUGUGGACGCAGUGAGCGAGCUGUUAGUGUCCGGGCCGGGCCGGGCCGCUCCCCAGGUUUGACAAGAAGGACAUUUCAACCCAAACUAUGCCUUAAUAAAAGCCAAAUCUGCGAUUUACAGGGAGUGUGCUUGGUCAGACAUUAAGCACAUAGGGCAGAAGACGCUGUUUUUCACAUAACUGAUGAAAAGAUAUUGAUUCAUCUCGAAGUGUGUCUACUUGAUUUUUGCCUCACAUUAAGAUGAGCACAACACAAAGAAAGCGUAGGAUGAUACCCUCUCAGCAGGCCAGACGAGGGCGCCGCCGACACCGAUCACCAGAUGCAACGGAACAAGAACCAGUAGAGGUUGUAGAAAGUGGUGCAGAAGUAGUUGAUCUGACUUGUGAAUCCUCUGAACCUGUGGUGGUUGACUUAACCAAUAAUGAUUCUGUUGAGAUCGUGGAUGAAGGUCUCUCUUCAAAUCGUCAGACAGAGUCUUUGGAAGAACAGCCAGGAAGAACGCUAUCAGACAGUUGUAUUCUCUGCAGUGACGAUGAAGAUGUAGAACCAGAUGGAAGCACCUGUCUGUAUGUAACCGGUACAACAAAUGUACCUCAGGGAAAUCAAAUUCGUUCUUACCCAUGUAACAAAGACUUAAGAUCUGGUCAAAAUGUCGUUUACCAGAGAUCUUCCCCAGGAACUAUUAGUUGCCCCAUCUGUUUGGAUAAUUACACUGAGAUCGUUCAAAGUGGGAGGCUUAUUGUUUCUACAAAAUGUGGUCACGUGUUCUGCAGCCAAUGCAUCCGUGACUCUCUCAAAAAUGCACAGACGUGUCCGACCUGCAGAGUGAAAUUGAACUCAAGGCAGUGCCACCCGCUUUAUAUUUGACUACAAGCUUCUUCCAGACUUUUGUUUUUGAUGAAACGUCAAAUACUUUGGAAUCCAUUAGUUUCUUCAGCUUUACAAUGACUGGACAUCCUAUUGGAGACUGCUGUUGGCGUUUGCAGGGUGCCCACAUCAUGAGCUGCCAUCUGUCAAUAACUGGCCCAAGCCGAUCGAAUUGUCUUGUCCUAGCUGGAAGGGGAGGGAAAGCAAAACCAAGCACCAGCAUAUUCUAAACAUUUAAUUUUAUUGUGUGUUUGUGUGAAUCUUUUUAAUUUUACUCCCCUCUGUGACAGGAUUCACACCUUUGUGUUUAAAUGCCUUGUCCUGGGAUGUGCUCACAUCUGACCAUGCACUUUAAAAGUGUUCUUCCAUUUGUUGAGCAUUGGCGACAUAUAACCUGCUUUAGAAAUUUCUAAGGCAAACCUGUUGACAAGAUCUACUGCAAACCAUUAGCUCAUUUAAUGCUGAAGGCCAUCAUUUGAUGCAAUUCCUAUUUCAGUCCCUAGUAGAUGCCAGAUGGUACAUUUGUUGUGGCUCUGCGUGUAGAGUGGAUGUAGGUUGUAGAAAUCGGUUUGAUGUGUAGUGAAUUAACUACUAUGACCAACAAUAAUAAAAGAUUACUCAAGGAACAUGGCAGAGCUCUUGACUACUCUUCUCCGACUCAGGAAAUGUAUAUAUGCCUUACACGUGAACAAGGUUGAGAUGCAGAAUUUUAUGUUUUCCAAAGUCAGGAAGAGAUAUGCAUGGUUUCAGGUUUUCCUCUUGUGACAGGAAUGUCAAUUUUUUUAUAAAUAAUAAAAAAUCAUUUCGAUUUAACUGACAUCUAAAAUAUCACAUCUUGACCAAAGUUCCUAUACCUCAUUUUCUCCGCAAGGUUUCUCGUUUUCUGUGAAAUAACAGAUAUUUGACAUUUUAUUGUGAAAUGCAACUGUGUUGAAAUGGGAAAAAUCACUUGUAUACUUGUGUUUAAAUCUAGAAUUAUCUUUUAAAGAAGGAAAAAUAAAGUUCAAUUUGUUUAAAGAAUAUUACGAUAAAAGUAUUGUGAUUGACGACUCCCUCCCCUUUCCAUUUUUGGUUCUUAGUCUUUAUAGAGUGUGCUUUUAUAAUUUGUAUUAUUGUUAAAUGUUACACUGCUCAUGAUAUUCUGGAUCUCUUAACCUUUGAGCCAUUUGGAACGUUGAAUAUUACAAAGAGGGACACUGACUUGUGGCAAAAAAGUGAAAAAUAAAAACAUUUCAGUCUGGGACAUACCUUCGGCUGUAAAUCCUGCA